UGAGAUAUGUCAUCUUGUUUGAAAUGAUCAUGAAUGCAUGUUAGUUUGUGCAUGCUCGUUCUCAUCACAUAUUUCAUUGGCAUGCUGUAUUUCUGCUAACAUAAUGGAUUUUUUGUUAUUUGGUCUGUGGUCACACUCUUCAAGUCUUUGAAGAUUAGUGGAAAAGAAAACUGGAAGCCUGUGCAAGCAGGUGUCAUAAUGGCAACAACUUCUGUGCUGGACAUACAAGAGGAGUUGCUUGGUAGUGGACAUAAGUUUCUGCUGACUUCACGCCUCACUCAAGAUUGUCUUGAGAACCUUUUUAGUGUAGUAAGGCUAAACAAUUCUGUACCAUCACCUGUGGCUUUCAAAUGUGCACUAAAAAUUAUCAGCAUUGUUCAGUUUAUGCAACCUCUAGGUGGGAAUCGUGUAAGCUAUCAACAUGAUGACACAGAUUAUGCUGUUGAUUUCCUUUCCCAACCAAUACAACUAUCAAUGAAUCCUGAUCCAGAGUUGAUGGAAAUUGAAAUCUCAGAAGCCAAGUCUGUAGAGGAAUUGACUAAAGCGGAGUGUAACAGUUUGUUCUAUCUUGUGGGUUAUUGUGUCCAUAGUAUUAAGAAAAAUGAGGUAGUGUGUGAUGCUUGCCUUGAGUAUGUCUUAAAUUCAGCUCCAGAUCAUAGCAGUUUUGCAACACUAACUAGUUUGAGAGAAUUCAAGAAUGGCUGUCUUGAGCAUGUUACAGAAGAUACUUUGAUGGCUACCAGAAAUGUGAAAGAGGUUUUGAUACGGAUGGCUGAGGGACUCACUGAUGACUGUGUGUCUAUCCCACAUGUCAUAAUACUAAGAGAAAAAUGAUAGCUAGAUAUUUCAAUGUAUGUCUUUACAUUUUCUGCAAGGGAGUACAAAGGAAAAAGAAACAUAACUUAAAAACAACCAAAGUAGGAGGAGAACUGGGGAGUCGAAGCAUGGCAAGAAGAAAACUGAUAACGAAUGUGAAGUAGGAAGGAUGUGAAUUGUGUAUACCAUGUAGUUAUGUAGAAUGGAAGACAUCACUCUACCUUUG